AAGCUGUUUCUCCGGCUCCAAGUCUCAUUGGGCGUCGCACGACGGGAAGGGGCGGCGCUGCCAUGACAGACAAAACAAGGAAAUAAAAAUGAAAGUCCAUCGCGAUUAGAAGCGCUUACUAUUACGAAGAAUUCGCUGUGAGCCCAUCCUGCACGGGAAGCUGAGCCGUGUGAUGGCCGGCAACCAGAUAGCUAGACUACCUAGCAUCUGGGGAAUGGAGAAACUGGCCGGCGUGGGCUCCUUAAGCUCGCCUAUUAUCUUCAGGAAGGACGUUCAAACUGCCUGGUGCUGUUGCCUUGAUAGACUGUGAAAUGGAGGCCCAGAGAAGGGAAGGGACUUGCCCAAGGUCACACAGCUGACAAAUUAAAGCGGAGGGUGACAGUAGGAAUGAUGUAACUGUUCGGGUCACCACCAAACCCAAGGCUCCUAUCACCACGCCUUUCAUGGAAGUGAAAAUCCUACUCCUUGUGCUCUUUAUUUCUUAAUGAAGUUUCCAGGUCCCAGCAAAGAGAAUGGAAGUGGAAACAGUUUUCGUGUUUUUUUCCUUAAAUAAGAUUAGUAGUUCAGGACCCUAAUGCGAAGUGAGAUGUGCCCCGUUGAUCCUAGAAACGAGGUUGUUUCGCAAAGUAAAAAAUGAGUUCCAGAGAUGGCAAGCAAUUUGGCCCAGUCACACUUGGCCUAGACUCCAAAUCUCUCCUACCUUCCUCCACCACCAUCACUCUGAGAUUGUUUCAGUAGUUGCACCCUACCUUCCCGAACUCUGCGAGGCAGAUUCUUCUGACUCGGAAAACUAGAAUAGAGAGGCAAGGACCGUUCAGGUACCCUACAGACUUCAAAAGCCGUCCUUCACUAAAAUUAAGAUUUUAAACGAGCGGCCCAAGACGGAAAGCCGGGCGUGGGAACCAGUUAGCGCUGGUCGAGUCCCAACCCGGACUCAUUUUUGUCGGUGCUCAGGAAGUGGCGGCUGUCUAACCGCACUGGCCGGAAGUGACUUUCACGAGUACCUGGCUGUUCCUGCUGCUCAUGUUUUCAUCUCCCCGCGCGACCCUGGCAACAGCAUGCUUCUGAUUCAGCCCCUCCACUUAGCUGUAAAAUUACAUUAAUCAGAACUGCCUGGCAUCUUCCUGAGCAAGACUUUCAAUUGGGCCCAGUAUGCUUCACUUCAUCCAGAAGUUUUCUCAAGCAUCUUCAAAGAUGCUGAAGCACUCUUUCACACUCAGACUAGGAGCCAGCAGGAGAAUGGAUACAUUUUCUCUCAGGAUGUGUCUCCAGCAGAACUUUUCCCCUUUGUUUCCAAGGACUUGGCUUUUCUCAUCAUUUCCAGUGUGUAUGAGCAAGACACAAUACUAUCAUACUUCCCCAUGCAGCUUUAAGAAACAGCAGAAGCAAGCAGUAGUUCCAGCCAGGUCACCAAGCACCAUCACUUACCUGCCUGACAGCCCAAAGCCUGCAUUAUGUAUAACCCUGGCAGGACUAAUCCCCUUUGUUGCUCCACCACUGGUCAUGGUGAUGACAAAGACUUAUAUCCCCAUAUUAGCUCUUACUCAGAUGGCUUAUGGAGCCAGUUUCCUAUCUUUCUUGGGAGGGGUCAGGUGGGGUUUUGCUCUGCCAGAAGGUAGUCCAGCCAAACCAGACUUCCUCAAUUUAGCUAACAGUACAGUUCCUGUUUUGUUUUCAUGGUUUGCCUUCCUUAUUUCGGAAAGACUCAGUGAAGCUAUAGUCACAGUAAUAAUAGGUUUGGGGAUAGCAUUACAUAGUGAACUUUUUCUCUUGCCUCAUUAUCCCAAUUGGUUCAAAGCCCUGAGGAUAGUAGUCACUUUAGUGGCUUUUUUGUCAUUUGUAAUCACUUUAGUAGUUAAAGAUAUUUAUCCGGAGAAAGGACCCAAGAGACCAGGUCAAGUAGAAUAAACAUAAAACUACUCUGAGGAUGAUGUUAGCAUGCUGGCACAAGCCUUGUAAGGUUGUGUUUUGGCAUCACCUUUUUCUACUUCUCCUAUUUAGCUCUUUUUUCCCACUUCACAGAUUAUUUUUAUUUCUAGAAAUCUUUAUUUCAUAGGAAUUACUUGAGCAACAGCUUGAAAACCCCUAAUAAGUCAUUUUCAUGUCAUAUUAGGUUAUAGUUCUCAUUGUGUUUUUAUGAAUUAUGUUCAUAAUAUUCACUUAAACAUUUCAAUGUUUUAAUUGUUUUGAAAAAUGCAAAAUAAUUUUUAAAAAGAUGAAAAAUCUCUUUUGCUAGAGCCUUAUGAUCAUUGGAAAAACACGCAUUCUUCCACUUCAAGAGGAAAACUUCCUAUCCGUGAGUAUCUAAAAAUAAUAAGUAGUUCCAGUGUGGAGUUUUCAUUGCAGUUGCCCCUGGGCAUUGCAUUUCCACGCUCAUUUUACCUGCUAUAACCUAGUUAUAUGAGCUGAAAAAUCUGUGGCUCUAAAGUCAGUAGGGAGCGGUAUCACAAGGGAAAGCCAUGUUCAAAGAAAAGCUGGACAUAUUUUCCAGUUUUUAUCAGGCUACUUGGCAGAGUAUAGAUGCAACUUAUCUCCUCAUCACCAAAUAUAACACCAGCUGGUCAAAAAUAUUUAAAAGAAUAAAGCCACUAGUACAUAUAAAUUAGAGAGGAAAAGUCAAGCUGGAGCCAUCUUGAUGUUCUAAAGAGUGGGGCUAUCGAGGUUUACAUCGUAGUUCACUCACAGAGAAGCUUUUUUUAAAAAAGCAAAAGCAACAGCUUGGAUUCUAACUUGAAAACCUAGUCUCGUGAGAUUCUUAGUCUCAUAAAAAAAGAGAAAACAUUUUAAAUGGUGUAAGAAUAUAAAUCAGAAAAUGGUAUCACCUGGUAUGCAUUAUCUUUGCAUAAUAUAAGUAUUCAAAUAUUAGUUAAAUUUCAUAUUAAAUUGUAUACAUAUGAUUCAUAUUAUAUUAUACACAUAUGAUUUCCACUCUAGUGGUUCUUGCUGUGAAGAGAUUUAUCAGGCUCUAGAGUGGUAACAUUACUUUCUUACCCACUUGUUAUGGGCUGAAUUGUGUGUUGAAGUCCUAAUCCCCAAUAUCUAAGAAUGUGACCUUGGAGAUAGAGUCUUUACAGAGGUAAUAAGGCUAAAAUGAGGUCAUAAGGGUAAUGUAAUGUAAUGUAAUAUUACCAGUGUUUUUAUAACAAGGGAAAAUUUAGAGACAAACACGCAUAUAGGGAGAAUGGCAUGUGAACAUGAAGAUGGCCAUCUACAUGCCAAGGAGCGGAGCCUGGAACAGAUCCCUCCCUCUUAGCCCUCAGAAGGAACCAACUCUACCAACACCUUGAUUUUAGACUUCCAGCCUUCAAAACUGUGAGACAAUAAAUUCUGUUUUCUAAA